UCGAAGGACCUGGCCUACGGCCGAAGCCCCGUUCUACCAUCUUCUUUGCCUCUUCUCCAAGCUUCGUAAAACCCUCUUCCCUCCUGCCUCAUCAUCAUCACCACCGACCACCAUAAUUAACUUCUUUGAAAAACCGUAGCCCACUAAUCCCUCUCCGUUUCAGCUCACAUGGCGUCUAGGAGACUAUCUAAGUCUGCUUUGGCAGCCAUUCAAGCACGCAAAGCUCCCCCGAGUCUCUCUUCCCUCGCCGCUACUUCUCGCGCUAUCUCGGGUUCUUCUCAUAGCUCGGCUUUAUCGCAGCCAUUUCCGGCGAAGGUCUUGAUCCGAUUCUCCAGAAACGGCGUCGCUUUGGCCAGUUCCGCCGCCGUCGCCCGAGGCCUGAUCCCUCCACACCCGUUCCAUUUCUCUUCUACGCGUCGCAUCUCGUCCGCGAGUGCUUCUCAGGCCAAUCAAAAUGAUUACACUGAGAUGGCUUGGGAAGGAAUUGUCAAUGCCCUUGAUGCAGCUCGUGUUUCAAAACAGCAAAUUGUGGAAUCUGAACACUUGAUGAAAGCUCUUCUGGAGCAAAGAGAUGGCUUAGCCAGGCGAAUAUUUGCAAAGGCAGGGAUUGACAAUACCUCUGUCCUGCAGGCUACUGACGACUUCAUAUCUAGACAACCAAAGGUUACUGGUGAUACUAGUGGUCAAAUACUAGGGUCAUCUCUUAGUAAUAUAUUGGAAAAUGCGCGGAAGCAUAAGAAAGAGAUGGGAGAUAGUUUUGUGUCAGUUGAACACCUUCUGUUGGCAUUCUAUUCAGAUAAAAGGUUUGGACAAGAAUUAUUCAAGAAUCUGCAACUUAAUGAGAAAGCUCUAAAGGAUUCUAUUCAAGCUGUCCGUGGAAGUCAAAGAGUAACUGAUCAAAACCCUGAAGGAAAGUAUGACGCACUUGAAAAGUAUGGAAAUGAUUUAACUGAGAUGGCCAGACGCGGAAAACUCGAUCCUGUCAUUGGCAGGGAUGAUGAAAUCCGGCGCUGCAUCCAAAUAUUAUGCAGGAGAACAAAAAACAAUCCUGUAAUUAUCGGUGAACCGGGUGUUGGGAAAACCGCAAUUGCAGAAGGAUUGGCCCAGCGGAUUGUUCGAGGGGAUGUCCCUGAACCUCUCAUGAAUCGAAAGUUGAUAUCUCUUGACAUGGGUUCGCUGCUCGCUGGUGCCAAAUUUCGUGGAGACUUUGAAGAAAGGUUAAAAGCAGUCCUGAAGGAAGUCACUGCUUCAAAUGGACAGAUUAUCUUGUUUAUCGAUGAAAUCCACACUGUUGUUGGUGCAGGGGCUACUGGUGGCGCCAUGGAUGCCAGUAACCUGUUGAAACCAAUGCUUGGACGGGGUGAACUAAGAUGCAUUGGAGCAACUACACUGGAUGAAUACCGGAAAUACAUAGAGAAAGACCCAGCUCUUGAACGUAGGUUUCAGCAAGUGUUUUGUGGUCAGCCAUCUGUUGAGGACACCAUCUCAAUUCUUCGAGGGUUAAGAGAGCGAUACGAAUUACACCAUGGUGUUAAAAUUUCCGACAGUUCCCUUGUUUCAGCAGCUGUUCUGGCAGACCGCUACAUCACCGAACGCUUUUUGCCUGACAAAGCCAUUGAUCUCGUUGAUGAAGCUGCUGCAAAGCUGAAGAUGGAGAUCACUUCUAAACCAAUUGAAUUGGACGAAAUAGACAGAGCUGUACUCAAACUGGAGAUGGAGAAACUCUCUCUCAAAAAUGAUACAGAUAAAGCAUCCAAAGAACGGCUACAUAAGCUUGAGAAUGACCUAACGACCCUCAAACAGAAACAAAAAGAACUUAGUGAGCAGUGGGAGCAAGAAAAGUCUCUCAUGACCAAAAUACGUUCGAUUAAAGAAGAGAUUGAUCGAGUUAACCUGGAGAUUGAAUCAGCUGAACGUGAGUAUGACCUAAAUCGUGCUGCUGAGCUCAAAUACGGAACACUUAUGUCCCUCCAGCGCCAGUUAGAUGAGGCCGAAAAGAAUCUUGCCAACUUCCGAGAGUCUGGAAAGUCGCUGCUGCGAGAAGAGGUCACAGAUCUUGAUAUAGCCGAGAUUGUAAGCAAAUGGACAGGUAUACCCUUAUCGAACCUUCAACAAACAGAAAGAGAAAAGCUGGUAAUGCUGGAGCAAGUGCUCCACCAGAGGGUAAUCGGUCAAGAUACGGCUGUAAAAUCAGUGGCUGACGCAAUCCGACGCUCGAGGGCUGGUCUGUCUGAUCCUAACCGCCCGAUUGCCAGCUUCAUGUUCAUGGGUCCUACGGGUGUUGGUAAAACCGAGCUUGCCAAAGCUUUAGCCGGGUACCUUUUCAACACGGAGAAUGCUCUCGUGAGGAUCGAUAUGAGCGAAUACAUGGAAAAACACGCAGUUUCACGUCUGGUCGGUGCACCUCCUGGCUAUGUGGGUUACGAAGAAGGUGGGCAGCUUACUGAAGUAGUUCGGAGGAGGCCUUACUCCGUGGUUCUCUUCGAUGAGAUCGAGAAAGCCCACCACGAUGUCUUCAACAUUCUGUUACAGUUGUUGGAUGAUGGAAGAAUAACUGAUUCUCAGGGGAGGACAGUGAGUUUCACGAACUGUGUUGUGAUAAUGACCUCGAACAUAGGAUCUCACUACAUACUCGAAACCCUCCGAAACAGUCGAGACAGCAAAGAAGCGGUUUACGAGAUGAUGAAGAGACAAGUGGUUGAGUUGGCAAGACAGACUUUCAGGCCGGAGUUCAUGAACAGAAUCGACGAGUACAUUGUCUUCCAGCCUCUGGAUUCGAAGGAAAUCUCCAAAAUCGUCGAGCUACAGAUGAGAAGGGUGAGUGAGAGGCUGAAACAGAAGAAGAUCAAUCUGCAGUUCACAAAGGAAGCUGUGGAGCUUCUGUCUCAGCUCGGGUUCGACCCGAAUUACGGGGCAAGGCCUGUGAAGAGGGUUAUACAGCAACUGGUUGAGAACGAGAUUGCCGUCGGGGUUCUCAAAGGCGAUUUCGGGGAAGAAGACGUCGUUCUAGUCGAUGUAGCCACCACAGCCGCGGCCACGGCCACGGCCACGGCCACAGACGUUCCUCCUCAGAACAGAUUGGUCAUCAAGAAGCUGGAGAAAGGUUCCAUGGAAGCAUUGGCUGCCUAAUGUCUCUCUUCUUUUUUUGUUGUUCUUUCCUUUUUUUGGUCCCUUAAGGUGAAACUGAAGCCUACUUCGGGCAGAAACUGAGAAAUGUGUAGAUAUCAAAGUUUUUGGUGAUUUCGCAUCCGAUCAAGUCGAGUUUAUUAUUGGUGUUCUGACAUUGGGCGGGAUGGUUAACUAUGGAAAGGAAAAUCUGUAGCCGUGUA